AUGACGUCGAUCAACGAAGAAAAUUGUGCUAUUCCGCCUGGCUCUCGUAUUCUGGUCACAGGUGCCAAUGGAUUUAUUGGUUCGCAGGUUGUUCAACAACUCUUAUCUCUUGGAUACCUUGUGCGAGGAACGGUGCGUUCACAGAAGCCGUGGCUUGAGGACCUUUUCAAAUCCAAAUUUGGUCCGAAUAGUUUCGAGUCGGUUAUUAUCCCAGACUUGAGUGACCUUGAGUCUUUGAGCAAGGCAAUGAAGGACGUUAGCGGUGUCAUUCAUGUGGCAUCGGACGUUACCUUUAACCCGAAUGUUGAGGAAGUUAUUCCGAAAGUUGUUUUAGCCACCGAGACUGUUUUGGAAGCUGCCGCCAAGCAACCAAAAGGACUGAUUCGGAGAGUCGUUCUCACUUCGUCGGCUUCAGCGGCAGCAUUACCCCAACCGGGGGUCGAAGGGAUUGUGGUCACUGAAGACACGUGGAAUACGGCGACGAUCAAAGCCGCUUACGAUGAAAGCACCCCAACAGAUGCCAAGCCGUUCACGGUCUACGUUGCGUCUAAGACGGAGAGUGAACUAGCGGCGUGGAAGUGGAUUAAAGAGAACAAGCCGAUGUUCGCGUUUAACGCGGUUUUGCCCUAUUAUACUCUCGGACGAGUCCUUCACUCCGAAAUAUCUGGCUCCACCAUGAAGUGGGCAGCCAACCUGCUUAAGGGUGACUCCACAGCUUUCGGGUUUCCAGGACGUAAGUAUCGUGCGAUGUUUUCCACGGUGUUGUGCUACUUCUAUUUCCUCCUGCUACUAUACAUUCAACUCGAUUGGUUCAUUGACCAGUAUUUGAAAAUAGAGUACAUCGACGUUGUAGACCUCGCGCGCGUACAUGUCAUUGGUCUUCUUCAUCCCGAGGUCAAGUCUGAACGUCUGUUUGCCUUCGCCUCGACUUUUACCUGGAAGGAAUUCGUCCGCAUUCUGCAAAAAUUCCGUCCAGGUAACACAGAAAUUCCAAGUCCUCCUGAGAAUGAGCUCCGAGACCUAAGUGAUAUUGUUCCUGCUAAGAGAGCGGAGGACCUUGUCAAGUCAUUUUUCGACCUCUCUGGUUGGGUUGGGUUAGAGGAGUCGAUCCGGGCUGGAAUAGAUAGUCUGGGGUACUAG